UCUCAUCUUCACUCCCGCACACCUCACCAUCUCUGCAUCUCUCUUUCUAGUCGAUCUCUGCCCUUUCUAUCCCUAUAUAUACCCACACGCACGCCUCCAAUCCAACACCAACUUAGAGCUUACACUGCGACACUCCUGCAGCAAAGAACUUCUUGUACUUACACAGGCGCAUCACAUAGCUUCGAUCGUCAUUGCUGCGAUGGAGGUCGUGCCCGACAAUGCCGCCGGCGUUGCGGCGGCCGAGCAGUACCGUGGGGUGAGGAAGAGGAAGUGGGGUAAGUGGGUGUCCGAGAUCAGGGAGCCCGGCAAGAAGACGCGCAUCUGGCUUGGCAGCUUCGAGUCCCCGGAGAUGGCCGCCGUGGCGCACGACGUGGCCGCGCUCCGGCUACGGGGGCACGAGGCCAGACUCAACUUCCCGGGCCUCGCCCACCUCUUCCGCCGGCCGGACACUGCCGAGCCUGACGACGUCCGUGCGGCUGCGCUGGAGGCCGCGGCCCAGGUCCGGUUCAGGCCCGACCUGGUGCUACAGCCGGGCGGCUGUGGCAGCAGCGGCGGCGGCGGCUUCCCGGACCGGCUCGAUGACGUGGCGUGGAAUGCCCUGCUUCGCUCUGAUGAUCUGGAGCCCGAGUCGCCCAACAUGUGGGCGGAGCUGGCGGAGGCCAUGCUGUUGGCCCCACCUGUCUGGGAGGGCAGCGCGGUGGACAAUGACGAGUGGUCCCAAGGCUCGCUCUGGGACCCAUCUUGCUGGAGCUACUGAUCGCACAACUUUUGGUUCGUAGAGGUCGAAAUUAAUCAAAAUUUUCCAAAAGACAACGGAAAAUUUAGGGAUUCCAUCAAGCUUAAUUUCCGAACAAAUUUAAGUAUCGGUAGCUUAAGGGAUUCUUAUGAUAUUUUGUCAGUAUUGUGAGUGUGGCAUUUCUUUGUACUACAGAACGUGCGCGUGGAAUUCAGUUGGACACAAUAAUUAAGUUCCACUGAGAAUCGAACCUCCUUUCUAGUUACUGGUUCAAUCAAAUAAAUUUGAAUUCCAAUAUACAUCUAGCGUUCCCUCGGGAAGGUAACCCGAGAGAACAAUCAUUCCCCAAAUAGAGAGGAUCGAACGAACGCAAAAAAAAAAAAUCAUUCCCACCGAACCCUCCAGAAUUGUUAUGCGGAAAUAGAUAAAAUAAUUGUGUUUGUUGUAAAGGAUUUGCCUAAUGUAAAAUUUGACAUGUUGUAUACAAAGAUUGUCAGAAAAUCGUCAUGCCAGAA